AUGCAGGAUGCGGAAGCGUUAGAAACGCGGCUGGGUCUGAGGACGAAGAAAGGGGAGGAAAUCCUGGUGGAUGAAGACAUCUACCGACGUUUCUACAACACCCCCAUCGCCGUCCACAAGAGCACUGGCUACCCCAGGCUGGGUACUAAUGUGUCCCUUCACCAGCUGGUGCAGCCUCUGCCCACUGGCUUCGAUGUCAUUGACCAUCGAAACGGCAAUAAGCUCGACAAUCGUCGAGCGAACCUCAGGCCUGCGAGCUGGGCUACGAACGUGAGGAACUGGCUGCCUCGGAGCAAUACGGGUCAUCUGGGCAUUUCCAAGGACCCGAACGGAGCCCACCGUGCUCAUGUGAUGACCGCGGAUGGUCCCAUCACCAAGCGCCACCGCACGAUCCCCGCUGCUCUGGCCUGGAAGGAGGCCAACGAACGAAUCCACCACCCGGAGGGAUUCGAGUAG